AUGUGGCAGCUCUAUGUUUGUCUCCUGGUGGCUUUGGCUGCCAGUGAGAACGUCAAUUAUGAGCCUUUCCUGAACUCUAAAAAGACGUACGAGUAUAAAUAUGAAGGACUGGUUCGAGUGGGCCGAGAAAUGCCAGACCUGGUGGAGUCAGCCCUUAAAAUGAGGUGCACUUUCAAUAUAAUUGGUGAAUCUCCACAAACCUUUGUCCUUCAGAUCGCAAAUGUAGACUUUGAAGACUUUAAUGGCAUCCCUGGAAAAGGAGUCUUCAGCCCAUCCCAAAAACUCACCAAGCGUUUGUCUGCUGAGUUCAGCCAACCAAUCGUAUUUGAGUUUUCAAAAGGACAAGUGACAGAUAUCCGCACAGUGCCUGGCGUCUCCAACACAGUAGUAAAUAUUGUGAGAGGGUUACUUGGAUUUCUACAAGUCACAGUCAAAACCACGCAAAGUUUUUAUGAACUGGUUGAGUUGGGAAUUCAUGGUGUGUGUCAGAGCAGUUACUCUAUUGAAGAAGACUCUAGUGCCAAAGAGCUGUUGGUCACUCAGAUGGUUGAUAUCAGCAACUGUCAACAACCAGCAGCUUUGUACAGAGGGAUGGCUCUCGCGACUGAGGACAAACUCAGUAAACAAAGGGGUGACAAUGUUAUUUCCACGGUGAAAUACAUCUACACUGUGAAGUCCACAACAGAAGGUGGUCUGAUCACUAAAGCUUUCGCUCAGGAACGACAGUUCUUCUCGCCAUUGAAUGUGAAGGGAGGAAACUCCAGAAUGUUGGCAUUACGCGAAAUUGAACUUCUCAAAGUGUCAGACACCACAGAUAAAAUAGUGACCGGGCAAGUGCAGAGUAGAGGCAACCUGAUGUACAAGACUGACAGAGACCUCAAACCAAUUCCCCUUCUGAUGAUCAACCUGAACGAUCCAGUGCCAAAGAUUGUAGAUUUGAUCAAGCGCUUGGCACAGGCCAACAUAUAUCAUGUGGACAGUGCAACCAGUACAGAGGUUUUGAAUCUAAUUCAGUUGCUGCGUGUGGCAACGCUUGAUAAUCUCGAGCAGUUGUGGAAGCAGCUUGCAGGAAACGAUGAGCACAGGAGGUGGUUCCUGGACCUAGUUGUGGAGGUAUCGGAUGAGAGGAUACUCAAGUUCCUUGAGUCCAGAUUCAAAGCAGGGGACAUCACUGCAAACGAGGCGGUACAGGCUCUGGUAGUGGCAUUUAACCACUUGUCCGCUGAACCUGUUACAGUAGCAUUAGCCGAGGAGUUCCUGACAAUACCCUUCAGUAAAUCCCAGCCUUUCCUGUGGAACACAGUGGUUUUAGCAUAUGGUUCUCUACUGCACAGAUACUGUGUUUAUACUGAUCCUUGUCCUGUGACAGUGGUGCAGCCGUUGCUGGAUAUGGCUGCUGGUGGACUGAGUAAAAAUUCAGAGCAGGACAUGGUUCUUGCUCUGAAGGCUUUGGGAAAUGCAGCUCACCCCUCCAGCAUCAAGACUAUUCUAAAGUUCAUUCCAGGAUACUCUGCUGGAGCCGAGAAACUUCCAACCAGAGUACAGGGUUCUGCUGUCCUGGCCUUCCGACUGCUUGCAACUAGAGACCCUCACAAUGUACAGGAUAUUGUCUUAAGCCUCUUUGUGCAGAGGACUCUUCCUGCUGAAAUCCGCAUGAUGGCCUGCAUGGUGCUUCUAGAGACCAAGCCAUCCAUAGCUAUGAUCUCAGUAAUAAGUGAAGUUCUCCUUGAGGAGGAUGACCUACAGGUGGCCAGCUUCACCUACUCAGUCCUCAGAGGCAUUGCAAACUCCCGCACUCCUGAUAAUCAACAUCUAUCCACUGCCUGUAAUAUUGCCAUGAAGAUCCUUACUCGCAGACUUGGUCACUUGAGUUACCGCUACAGCAAGAAUAUACACUUGGACUGGUUCCAUAAUGACCUUUUGUUUGGGACAUCCACUGACGCUUAUAUGCUGAAAAAUGGAUCAAGUCCCAUACCCACACAUAUGAUGUUAAAGGGAAAAAUUCACGUCAUUGGAAGAAUAUUACAAUUUCUUGAGUUUGGUGUCCGUUCAGAUGGAAUCAAAGGGCUGCUUACAGAAAAGCUUCCUCAACUGGAGAAAGAUUUUGCAGUUACAGAUUUUCCAGCUAUUAUAAAAAUUCUCUCAGACUGGCAGAAUCUCCCAAAGGACAAGAUUCUAUUAUCUGCCUAUGCACGUGUGUUUGGACAAGAAACUUUUUGGAUGGAUUUCAGGGGAGAGUUCAUGCAGACCAUUAUGAAGUCAGUUAGUCCUUCUGCAGGAAAGGAAAGCUCAGUUUGGGAAAAGAUUCAGAAUCUUCAGAAAGGAACGUCCUUGCACUGGACCAAAGCACACCUUGUCUACGAAGCUCGAUCUGUGCAGCCAACUUGUUUGGGUCUCCCAGUUGAGAUCAGCAAAUAUUUUCCCAUAGUAAAUGUUUUUACAAUGAAAGCUAAAGCUGAAAUGAAUCCUCCUCCUAAGGAACAUUUGGGCGAGAUGCUAAACUCAGAAAUUUCCCUGCAGACUGAUGGCUUCGUUGGGGUGAUAAAGGAUCAUUUUGUCUUUUAUGGAAUCAACACUGAUCUCUUCCAGUGUGGUAUCGAGAUGAAGAGUAAGGCAGUCUUCGGUUUGCCAUGGGCGUUCGACUUAAAAAUAAAUGUAAAAGAGAGGAAGUAUGAAAUGAGUAUGACUCCAAGCAAAACAGCCACAGAGUUGAUAUCAUUCAAUUCUGAUGUGUAUGCUGUAUUGAGGAACAUUGAGGAUUCAUCUUUAGCUAAAAUGACUCCUAUGAUGCCCGAGGCAAAGGCCUCCCAGCAGGCUCUGCCACUGGCGAGAAUAUUACCAACCUCUAGGGAUGAACAGACUGAGGACUCUGAGUGGAAAAUCAGGCAUUGUGCUGAAACCAAGAUUUAUCAAACUGCUAUUUGUGUAGAAGCAGAAGCCAAACGAACACAUUACUUUCACGAAUAUCCUCUGUAUUACUUCCUGGGAUAUACACGUUUCUUAUAUCAACUUGAACCAGUAAAGGGAGCCAAGCCCAUAGAAAAGAUUCAGAUUCAGGUCAACGCAGGUAGUAAACAUCCUCCAGAAGUGAGUAGAAUGAUGGAUCUCAGCCGCAGAAUAUUCCAGGACACAAGAGAUGAGACCAUCUUCUCCUGUGAAAGACACAAUAUUUCCAGCAUCACUCCAGCAUUUGAGGUUCUCGAGGCCACCCCAGAUCCAAUAGCCAUGGUAAAAGCUCUUGCUCUGAGUCCAGCAGCAAAGCCACUGGGUUACGAAGGCGUAGCCUUUUAUUUACCAACAUCCCAGAGAGAAGACAUUGAAAUGAUUCUCUCUGAAGUUGGAGAAGAAGCAAACUGGAAAAUGUGUGCCAAUGCAAAUAUGGAUAAGAGCCAUUCAUCAGCAAAGGCCCACCUUCGAUGGGGCGCAGAGUGUCAGACAUACGAUAUGUCUAUGAGGGUGUCCAAGGCGUGCCAGCCAGAGGCUAAACCUUCAAUGUACAUGAAAAUGACGUGGGGAGCCCUGCCCUCCAUAUUCACUGCGAUCAGUCAAAGAAUUGAAGAAUAUGUGCCUGGAAUGUCUUAUCUUCUGGGCUUCUACCAGAAACACGAGAAAAACCCAGAACGUCAGGCAUCUGUCAAUGUUGUGGUCACCUCGACAGAGACCUUUGACUUUAGACUGAAAGUCCCUGUGCGAACAAUCUACAAAAAGACAAUUCCCUCAAUGCUCGAACUUGUUGGAUUUGAAAAAGCGAAUAUGACCAUGUAAACCCAG